CAUUAACGCUCUCCGGUCCGGCGCGGAAGGUUGUGUAUCCGCGAGCUCCAGUGACAAGAUUUAGGAGGAACAACAUUUAAAAGCAACUUCAGUAUAAACUACUAAGCUUUAUCUUGCAACUAGUAGCCGAAAGAGGAGAACCGUGUCCCCGAAUCCAGCGUUUUAUCCAGCUUUUCCUUUCUUUCACGGAGAUGUAUCGCUGCUUGGAGAACUACUAGCGAGCAUCGCUGCACACCGAAGCCAGGAUGAGUGGCAGCUUCUCGGUGUCCGGCUCGGCGUCCUGCCGCUUCGCACACUACUUUGUUGUUUGUGGGAUAGACACAGAAACUGGGCUGGAACCGGACGAACUAGCAGCUUUGUACCAAUGGCUCGAAGCAGACCGCCAGGGCAGGGAUCCAGACGCUGCAGCCACAGGUGAGAACCUUGAGCAGAGUCCUCUGAAGAGAACCUUCAAGUCCAAAGUUUUGGCGCGCUACCCGGAGAACCUGGAGUGGAACCCCUUCGAUCAGGAUGCUGUCAACAUGCUGUGUAUGCCUAAAGGCCUGUCGUUCAGGACGCAGGCGGACCAGCGGACGCCUCAGUUCCACUCCUUCAUCAUCACGAGGGAGGACGGCUCUCGGACCUACGGCUUCGUCCACACCUUCUACGAGGAGGUGACCAGCCCACAGAUCUGCUCCGCCAUGCAGACCCUCACCCAAAUGCACAAUGCAGAGAGCACCUCCGCCAACACCCCUUCCUCCUCCUCCUCCUCCUCCUCCAGCAUGGACUCCCUGGCCAGCAGUUUGGACGAGGCCGACUCCCCCGCGUCUUCAUUGUCUCGCAGGGCGGGGAGCUACGACUCAUCGCGGGACACCCUCUACGUCUCCAAGGCCCUGUGUCUGAUCACGCCCAUGCCCUUCAUGCACGCCUGCCGCAGCUUCCUGUCCCAGAUGCACAGGGCCGUCACGGCAGCCACCGCCCCCCCGCUGCCGCUGGAGAGCUACGUCCACAACAUCCUGUACGAGGUGCCGCUGCCCGCCCCGGGACGCUCGCUCAAGUUCCACGGCGUGUACGAGCCCAUUGUGUGCCAGAGGCCGGGGCUCGGGGAGCUGCAGCUGGCCGACUUCCCCCUGGCCGAGGCCUUCAGUCUGCUGGGAGUGGAGAACCUGGUCCAGGUAUUCACCUGCACGCUGCUGGAGAUGCAGAUCCUGCUCUACUCACACGACUACCAGCGGUUGAUGACGGUGGCAGAGGGCAUCACCACCCUGCUGUUUCCCUUCCAGUGGCAGCACGUCUAUGUUCCCAUCCUGCCGGCCUCUCUGCUCCACUUCCUGGAUGCUCCGGUUCCCUACCUGAUGGGCCUGCAGUCCAAAGAGGGCACAGACCGCUCCACACUGGAGCUUCCUCAGGAGGCCAACCUGUGUUUUGUGGACAUUGACAACCACUACAUCGAACUUCCAGAGGACUUUCCCAAUUUCCCCAAUAAGACUGAGCUCAUCCAGGAGCUAAGUGAGGUGCUGCUUAGCUAUGGCAUUUCCGCUAACACAGGGGCUCCUCCUCGGACUCGCACCAGCCCCGGCAGCGCUCCAGGCAGCACCCCCUCCACCCCUGGAAGGGAGCGCAAGACGGUCGCUCUCCGGCAGCUGGAGGACGACGGGCGUAACGGCAACCUGGCAGGGGAGGAGCUGGCUGUGCUGGAGCUGCUGCAGGGGAACGCCACCCUGGAGAGACUGCAGGCGCUCACCAAGCGCACCGGGGUGACGGUGGCCCGCGUGGACGCCCUGAGGGCCGGAGUCAAAGCUCAGCUGACUGAGGGACAGGGGGGCCGGACAGCAGCCGAAGAGGAAGAGCUCAGGAACGCCAAGCUGAACGUCCAGCUGAGGGAGGUGUGCGCCAGCCGCUUCACCACCAUGUUUGCCGACUACGAAGCCUUCGUCAUCCAGAGCGCCCCGGACCUGGAGUCGUGGCUCACCAACAGGGAGCAGAUGCACAACUUUGACAAGGCCUCGUUCCUGUCCGACCAGCCGGAGCCCUACCUGCCCUUCCUCUCCCACUUCAUCGAGACGCAGAUGUUUGCGACCUUCAUUGACAACAAGAUCAUGUCCCAGUGGGAGGACAAGGAGCCGCUGCUGCGUGUCUUUGACGCUCGCAUCGACAAGGCCCGCCUCUUCAACGUCCGCGCUCCCAGCCUGCGCUCCUCCAGCUACCAGAGGUGCACCAUCCUCAAGGAGUCUGCUCAGACCAUUGAGCAGCGGCUGAUGAAGAUCGACCACACAGCCAUCCACCCUCACCUGCUGGACAUGAAGAUCGGUCAGGGCAAAUACGAGCAGGGAUUCUUCCCCAAACUGCAGGCCGACGUGCUCAACACGGGGCCGACCAAUAACAAGUGGUCUCACAGGACAGCGACAGCUCAGCGAAGGAAAGAGCGUCACAGACAUCAGACAGAGCACUUGGGCCUGGAAAACGACCUGAAAGAGAAAUUCAUGCAGGAGGCCCGCAGCUUGGGGAAGAACCUCCGACAGCCCAAACUGUCCGACCUGUCGCCCGCCGUCAUCGCCCAGACCAACUGGAAGUUUGUGGAGGGGCUGCUCAAGGAGUGCCGCAUGAAGACCAAGCGGAUGCUGGUGGAGAAGAUGGGCCGGGAGGCGGUGGAGCUGGGCCACGGGGAGGCCACCAUCACUGGGCUGGAGGAGAACACUCUGAUCGCCAGCCUGUGUGACCUACUGGAGAGGAUCUGGAGCCACGGGCUGCAGGUCAAACAGGGGAAGUCGGCCCUGUGGUCCCACAUGCUGCACUACCAUGCCCGAGAGGAGAAGCUGGAGCAGCAGCAGCAGGCGGAGUCACCAGUGUCACAUGUUCCUGAGAGGAGGAAGUCUGACUGUUCCAUGGCGAUGCCGUCUCUACGCGUGUCUCUCAUACAGGAUAUGAGGCAUAUCCAGAGCAUGUCCGAGAUAAAGACAGAUGUGGGCCGGGCGAGAGCCUGGAUCCGUCUCUCCCUGGAGAAGAAGCUGCUCUCACAACACCUCAAACAGCUGCUGUGCCGACAAGCCUUAACCAAGAAGCUGUACAAGCGUUACGCCUUCCUGCGCUGUGAGGAGGAGAAGGAGCAGUUCCUCUUCCACCUGCUCUCCCUCAACACCGUCGACUACUUCUGCUUCACCAGCGUCUUCACCACCAUCAUGAUCCCGUAUCGAGUCGUCAUCAUCCCCAUCAAGAAGCUCAGCAACGCCAUGACGACCUCCAACCCCUGGGUGUGUGUUUCCGGACAGCUGGGAGACUCGGGCAUCAUGCAGAUCCCCAAGAACGUCCUGGAGAUGACCUUCGAUUCUACUUUCAGGCCUCACAUGCACAUCUCCGCCUUGUUCAAGUGUCAGAACCUGGGGAAGAUGACCACGGUGCAGCUGGGACACGACAACGCCGGCCUCCUGGCAAAAUGGCUGGUGGACUGUGUGAUGGUGCGCAACGAGAUCACAGGACACACAUACAAGUUCCCGUGCGGUCGGUGGCUCGGUAAGGGUGUGGACGACGGCAGCCUGGAGAGGGUCCUGAUCGGGGAGCCGGUGCUGCCCAGCGGAGAGGAGGAUUCUGGGAGAGGCUGCUACACACCCCCGCUGCAGCGCUCGCCAUCCCAGAUCCGACGCAUCAGUGUCACGUCGCUGUCUGCACGAGGAUACAAACCGACUUCAGCCCAGAUCCAAGAGGCCAUCGGGGAGGCCGUGAACAACAUCAUCAAACACUUCCACAAGCCGGAGAAAGAGAGAGGCAGCCUGACCGUGCUGCUGUGUGGGGAGAGCAGCCUGGUGUCCGCUCUGGAACAGUUCUUCCGUCACGGCUUCAAGUCCGCCCGGCUCUUCCAGAAGACCGUGUUUGUGUGGGACUUUGUGGAGAAAGCCAUUGCCUACAUGGAGUCAGCUGACCAGAUGGGAGACCUCCAGGAGACAGCGGAGCCCCUGGGACGGACCUGUCAAUCACUCUGUCACUACGUCAACGCCAUCAACUCCACCCGCAGGAACAUCGGGAAGGACGGGAAGUUCCAGCUGCUGGUCUGCCUCGGAGCCAGAGACCGCCUGCUGCCCCAGUGGGUCCCCCUGCUGGUGGAGUGCCCGGUGAUCCAGAGGAUGUACGAGGACUCGGCCCUGCUCAGAGACCGAGCCACGGUCAGCUCCCACAUCGACGUCCUGGAGACGCUGCACGACUUCCCCAUCACCCUGGAGGCCUCCAUCGUCAAAGGCAUCGCCCUUUAGCCCCGGAGACCCCCUACGUUCUCCUCUAAAACUCCCCUCUCCUCCACCAGCUUCUCCCACCCUCCCACUCUUACCCUUUUGGCUCUGGGAUGAACAGGGAAGUAGGAAGUGAGUGACGGAAAUGAAAGGUUUGGUUACCAAAGCAACAGAGAAGUAAGUCUUUGGGUCAACCAUAAGCUUGGAUACAGUAUUAUUACCCCACCAGUGCUUAAUCGUGUUUAUCUAGUGUCCAAUUAGAUACCACAAUUGGACACUUCAGGUUCAAGAAAGUCCUUUUUAAGCAACAUAAAACGUGCUUUUAAUCCAGCAAGACCCUUACCAACCAUGUGUUAUCCCUAAACACUUUACAUUGCACUGAAAUGAACUGAAGCAGUGGCUGCUUGGAGGGAUACAACAGGACAUUUGUUGAGCAGAAUAUACACUGGUUGAAAGUUUGCUGGUGUUUUCUUCAAAAUGUUCUUAGCAGAGUAGCAGAUGUGUCCCUGUGUGCUAGCUAUGUAGCCUAGCUUGCCCUCAGUAGAUACAACUAGAUAAACUGAUGUAUUCUCCUUCCUCGCCUGCGGCUAGUUAGCGGUAGCAUUAGCGAGCAUGCCUUUUGAGAUGUGGAAACAAGAGACACUGUUUCCUGACGGCUCUUCAUGCCUCUCUUUAUUUUUAUCCUCUGGACUCGUGUUGGGCAUUUUCUCAGCUUUAAACUAGCGGAUGAACACAAGCGCUGAUCUCAGUGAUGAGUCAGGAGCUAACCUGUGGCUACAUGGACAUUCCUACUCAAGUACAGGCAUCGACCUGGCUGUUUUAAAUGGUGUGUGUGUGUGUGUGUGUGUGUGUGUGUGUGUGUGUGUGUGUGUGUGUGUGUGUGUG